UAAAGAAAGCGCUGGGCUGCAGUGUGGAAGGCAGUGGGGUUUGAGGAGCUCAGUGGUUAGGUAAAGAAAGUUAAGGCGUGGGUUUUGAAACGCGUUUAUAUUCUUGACGAUACGGUACAAAUGCUUCGUUGAACCGGACCCAGUUAUAUUUGGAGGUCGCCAUUAGUACUUUUGCAAAAAAAAAAUCAGAUACUGUGACCCAGAGACAGGGUGGAAAAACACUUUGAAUUUUUACAAGAAUAAAAACGCGAAAUUAAAACCCGGUUUUAUCACAUUGUCUCUCCUCUCCGAUGGGCGGCUGGUCUCGCUCAGCAGUGCUGCAGCUCUAUAGAGCCCUGCUCAGAGCGGGGCGCCCCCUACAGCACACCGACCGCAACUACUACCGCGCGGCGCUGAGCCGGGAGUUCCGCCGUUGCCAGGGGCUGCGGGAGGAGGGGGCGAGGGAGCUCGCGCUGAAGAGGGGGCUCUUCUUCCUGCACAGCGGCCUGGGCGGGCUGGUCUAGAGUCUGGAACCA